AUGCCUCCUCAGAUUAAACAUGAUCUCAACCGUUCAGGUUGGGAAUCUACAGACUUCCCGUCAGUCUGCGAAAAUUGUCUUCCCGAAAACCCUUAUGUACAGAUGUUGAAGGAAGACCACGGCGCAGAAUGCAAGAUUUGUACUCGUCCUUUUACCAUUUUCCGCUGGAAAGCCGAUCGCACUUCGCGCCAGAAGCGAACCAAUAUUUGUCUCACCUGCGCUCGCUUAAAGAACUGUUGCCAAUGCUGCAUGCUCGAUCUGUCUUUCGGUCUACCGAUCGCCGUCCGUGAUGCCGCCUUAAAGAUGGUCGCGCCGGGCCCGGAGAGUGGUAUCAACCGUGAAUACUACGCGCAAAAUCACGAAAAAGAAAUCGAGGAAGGAAUCGGGGCGGUGGAGGAAUACGAAAAGACCGACGACAAGGCCCGCGAAUUGCUGCGCCGCUUGGCGAACAGUGAGCCCUACUAUCGCAAACCUCGCCGGAUCGAAGGCGCACAAGGCUCCGAGGGGGGACAAACAUCGAGCUCAACAGAGCAGCCCCGAACACACAGCCAAUACGGAAAUGCACCUGGUCCGGUUCGCACGAGCGAGAGUCGACUCGGUAACAGGCUGCCUGGUCGUGGAGGUGGUGCCGUACGAGGUCGCGGCGGUGCUCGUGGUGGACGUCCAUUUCCUAGUACCACACAGUUACCGCCAUCUGCAGAGGAUAUUAACCCGCCGGCAGACCCGAAUGUCACAUCACUGUUUGUGACUGGCGUGGAGGAUGAUCUACCCGAACACGAUGUUCGGACUUUCUUUGCCAAGUUCGGCACUCUCCGCUCGCUUGUCUGCUCCCAUCGCUCCCACUGUGCGUUCAUCAACUAUGUCAACCGUGCUGAUGCGGAGAAGGCGGCGUUGGAGUGCCAGGGUAAGGCCAUCGUUAAAGGCUGUCCUCUGCGUGUGCGCUGGGGUAAGCCCAAGCCGCUGGAUAAUAUGGAUCGGGAGGAGCGAAUGAAAAACGCACGGGAAGGUCGUCAAGCCGUGGGCCCUACUCGAGGUGCCCAGUCUGAUAAGAAAGCUAUCGCUGCUGCGGGCAAUGCUGCGGACAAGGAGGCCAAGCAGAACAACAUUGCUGUGGCUCCACCUCCCGGCUCUGGAUCAGUUCAGUAUGCCAGUAUGUCUGGAGACUAA